AUGAAGAUCCAGCCAUGUCGGCCUGCAGUUGCUCAAGCGCCGCAGCGACCAUCCAGUCCAUCCACAGGUUCCAGCCUAGCCAACGCCGGCACGCAGGAACGCCGUCAAGGGCCUGCUGAAUAUUCACCGUGGUUGAGUCUCUCUCAUUACGGUGAUGACCACCUCCUUUCGUCUCUAGCGCCGCCAAUGGGGGGUUUCCCCUCGGCGGUGCCUGUCUGUCAAUCGUUCGAUACCCUCAUGCAACAGUCUGAUCUCUGGGCAGAACCAGAUCUGUCCUUUACUGAUACCGACUGGAAUAUCGUAUCUGUGAAUCAUUCGACGCCGUAUCCGCAUGACUAUGAUGGUGAUGAUGUCCCCAUCAUGGACCUCGGGUACGGCACUGUGUCUGCCUUCCAAUCUCUUUCGGAUUCGGGCUCAAUCGGGAACCAACACCUUGUUCCUGCAUCUCUUGUUCCUAGCUCAGCCAACUCUCAAGAUGGCCACUCCCACUCGCAACCUUCCCCUGUCUCUCAAUUCCCUGCUCCGGUCUCCACCACUUUCCCUAGCCCUACUACCUCUCAGGGUGACGAUCCCUUAGGUCCAACUGGUGCCCGUGUGGAAAAGCGAAGACUGAAUACCCUCGCUGCUCGGCGAUGUCGGCAGAGACGGGUUGAUCGGAUGAAGGAUCUUGAAGCCGAGCUGGAGAAGGUCCGCCGGGAAAGAGAUGACCUGAGACUUAAGUGUUCCAAGCUGGAAGGCGAAACGGAUGCUUUGAAGGGUCUUCUCACUCGCAAGAACAAGGAUAGUUAG